AUGGGUCAAAAUAUAUUGAUUGAUGAGCUAAAUGAAGCAGACUCAAAUUAUACCGAAAUGAAAUACGUAUAUUAUAAUGACAAGUUGCAUAAUUCUAAUACGACACAAAUAAGGGAAGAACCCAUUGUUCAAGAUUGGAGAAUGCGAGAAAGACUUAAAACAGUUUCCGCCGCAUUAGUUCUAUGCUUAAAUAUUGGAGUUGAUCCACCCGAUGUAGUUAAACCAAGUCCAUGUGCAAAACUUGAAUGCUGGGUAAAUCCAUUUUCAUUACCACCACCAAAAGCAUUAGACGCAAUUGGCAAAAAUCUACAAGCACAAUAUGAACAGCUUAGUGUCAGAACCCGUUAUAGGCAAUAUCUUGACCCCUCGGUUGAUGAGAUGAAAAAGUUUUGCACAAGUCUUAGAAAAAAUGCCAAAGAAGAAAGAGUUUUGUUUCAUUAUAAUGGUCACGGUGUUCCAAAACCCACAGCAAGUGGUGAAAUAUGGUUUUUUAACAAGCUUUUUACACAAUAUAUUCCAGUAUCUUUGGGUGAUUUACAAUCAUGGCUUGGUUCACCUUGUAUUUAUGUUUAUGAUUGUUCAGCUGCUGGAAAUAUUCUUGAGAGCUUCAAAAGAUUUUCAGAACAAAGAUAUUUAGAAUCUUCAAGAAAUGACUCCAAUGGUAAUAUUUCGCAAACUCCUAUGAAUAUCCAUUUGGCAGCAUGUGGUCCAAAUGAAACUCUGCCGAUGCAUCCACAUCUUCCUGCAGACUUAUUUACAUCAUGUUUAACAUCACCUAUCGAAAUUGCUUUACGUUGGUUUGUGUUACAAAAUCCAUUACCAUCUUAUUUAACUGUGGAUAUGGUGAUUAAACUCCCUGGAAGAUUACAAGAUCGUCGUACACCUUUAGGUGAAUUAAAUUGGAUUUUUACUGCAAUAACUGACACAAUUGCCUGGAAUGUUCUUUCACGCGAUCUUUUCAAGCAAUUGUUUCGUCAAGAUUUAAUGGUCGCUGCAUUAUUUAGAAAUUUUUUAUUGGCAGAAAGAAUAAUGAGACGUUACCAAUGUAAUCCAAUGUCAUAUCCUAAAUUACCACACACACACGAUCAUCCAAUGUGGGAUUCAUGGGACCUCGCUGUAGACAUGUGCUUAUCACAGUUACCUGCUCUUCUAAACUCGGACAAAAAUGGUGGCGAUGUGGAAUAUAUACAUUCUACUUUUUUUGAUGAACAAUUAACAGCCUUCCAGGUGUGGCUAUCAAAAGGUUCGGUUUCGCAAAAACCCCCAGAACAAUUACCUAUCGUACUACAAGUUCUUCUAAGUCAAGCUCAUAGAUCUCGAGCUCUUGGGUUAUUAAGCAAAUAUCUAGACUUGGGUCCAAAAGCAGUUAAUUUAGCACUUUCCAUAGGAAUAUUUCCCUACGUAUUGAAAUUACUUCAAAGUCCUGCUGCUGAUUUAAAACCACCAUUGGUAUUUAUUUGGGCCCGUAUUUUAGCUGUUGAUAGAUCUUGUCAACAAGAUCUUUUAAAAGACAAAGGUUAUGAAUAUUUCGUUAAUAUUUUAUCGCCAAAUACCAAUUUAAACAUUCCGAAUGAAUCAGAACAUAGAGCAAUGUGUGCCUUCAUAUUAGCAGUUUUUUGUACCAAUUCUAAUCAAGGACAAGCUGCUUGUAAAAAUUCUAAUGUCUUAAAUGCGUGUUUGGCACGUCUUAAUGAUGCAGAUCCGUUAUUAAGGCAAUGGGCAUGCUUGUGUAUUGGUCAGUAUUGGUUAAAUUAUCCAGAUGCUAAAAAUGAUGGUAUUGAAAAUCAAGCACAUUUGAAACUAUUUAAUCUUUUGAACGAUCCGGUUCCUGAGGUUAGAGCAUCAGCACUUUAUGCCUUUGGCACGUUUAUUGGAGAUUUAGAACGCACAGAUCAAGUUCUUAAUAUUGAUCAUAACAUUGCCAUUAAUAUACUUGAUGCAAAUAAUGAUGCAUCUCCUAUAGUGCGAAGAGAAUUAGUGAUUGCACUUUCGCAUAUAGUUCAUCAAUAUCAGGAUCAAUUUGUAAAAGCAGCUUAUGAAGAGGUACAAGAAAUAAGAAGAAGAAAUUUAACAACGAGGCAGUUUAGAGAAGUUCGAUCGAGUUCAGUCUAUUCGUGUGUAUGGAAAGCAUUAUUAAAUUUAUCUGCAGACUCCGAUUUUGAAGUAAACCAAUUUGCUACGACUGUGAUUGAUUAUAUAAAUGAGAAAUUAUUACAACCUAAUAUAAAAGAAAAUUGUGCUGCAUUGAUUCGAAAUGUGUUGAAUGAGCAAGGUUCUCAAGAAAUAGAAGGUUAUAGACAAUCAUCAAAUAAUAGAACCAAUUCAUCAAAUUAUGAAGUACUACCAUUAAAAUCUAAAUUCUUCGACUGGAGUUGUGAGUAUUUUCGUGAAUCACAAAUGAGGCCAGCUGAAUCCGAACAGCUUGGAAGUGUUGAUGAUAAUGUAAGAUUAUGGAGACAUAAGAGAAAUGAGAGUUUAAUACAAAUCACAAAACCGUUGAAAGAAGUUGCCGAACCUUCAAAAUUACUUUUUCAUCAAUUUGAGCCAUAUCUUGUUGCAGCAAAUAAAGAUGCAAUAAGUGUGUGGAACUGGAAGGAUCAUUAUCGUGUUAAUACUUUUACAAAUGAUAAUCCUGGUGAAAGUAAAAUCACAGCAUUAAAAUUUAUAAAUGAAGAUGAUGCAUCAAUGCUACUUACAGGAUCAAGUGAUGGAGUUGUUCGAAUAUUCCGCAAUUAUAGUUCUUCUUCUUCAACUGAAUUAGUGACAUCAUGGCGAGCCAUGCCAGAAAUUUUACCAAAUAGCACAAGAAGCGGCUUAAUAGCAGAAUGGCAACAAUCUCGUGGAAUACUUUUGGUUGGAGGUGAUGAUAGAGUGAUUAGAGUAUGGGACGCUUUACGUGAAAUUACAGUUUCGUCAAUUUCGACAAGGUCGGGUAGUUCUAUUACAAGUCUUACAAGUGACGGUGGUGACUUGUUUGCUGCAGGGUAUGCAGAUGGAGCGGUUCGUUUAUUUGAUAGACGUAUUCAACCAAGAGAUGCAUUGAUUAUGACAAGUAAAGAACAUAAGAACUUUAUAAUAAAUAUUGUUUGGCAAAGAGGUGCAGGGCACAAAUUGGUAUCUGGAAGUAAAUCUGGAGAAAUAAAAUUGUGGGAUUUAAGAAACAACUGUUCAAAGGUAACAAUUUCAGAUGAUCCUAAUAAAUCUGAAUUAAAUGCUAUGGAUGUUCAUCAUAAUGCAGAAGUUGUGGCAGGCGUCUAUUCAAACCAAUUGAUCAAAGUAUGGAAUACAACCACUCUUGCAAAUCUUUCAGUAACGCGCUACAAUACAGGGUUUUUGGGUUGGGGUGCACAAGUUACUUCAUUAACACUUGCUGGCCAUCAUAUGGUAAUGGCAAUAGGCGCUACUGAUAAUUACAUAUCACUUUAUGGAAUCUCUAACAAUUAA